UUAGCAACCUCCCGCGUGCAUAUAUAACUCGAUAGCUGCACGCUGCACGCUUACCAUUUCUUAAUUAGUACCUGGUAUAAACCUCCCAACUCUCCUCCUGACCUGUUUAACGACUUUGAAAAUGUAAUUGGAAAAAUUGAUGGUUCUUAUUGAUAUGAAUACAAACCUGUCACCAGGUGUCUCAGAUAGCAAUACUUCCAAACUCAUCAAUGUUUGCAAGAUUUUUGGUCUUAGUCAACUGAUAACGGAGCCAACGAGAGUAACAGUUCAUUCUCAGUCCCUAAUAGACCUUUUCAUGACUAAUACUCCGGACAAAAUAGUUAGAUCAGGAAUUAUGCCGUUAGGUAUUAGCGACCACUCCCUUGUCUAUCUAAUUCGCAAAAUACAUUAUGUUAUCCCUGGGUGUAUUAAGAUUAUCAGUACUCGAAGUUUUAAAAAUAUCAAUAGGGACCUUAAUUUUUUGUUGAAAAAGGAAUGUCCAAAAAAAGGCCUGUUUAUAUUUAUUCAUGUUGCCAUGGAUAUGGCACACACGCACCUUAUUUAUCAAAAAACCGAAGUUUGUGUAGUUAACUUGCUUGCUGCCAUUUUUUGGCGACUAAAGGAUCAGGUGAAUGAAACACAGGUAUCAAAGACUGUGUUCAGCCACGUUAGGAAGGAGUUCCUAGCAGACGUUGAAUUAAGACAAUGGGAUUCCAUUAGUCUAUUUUCUGACUCCAACGAAAUAUGGGAGUUUUGGAAGAAUCAGUUUCUGACCUAUAACGAUAAACAUGCCCCUAUAAAAACGAAAAGAAUUGGGAACAAGACUUGGCUUCACACUAGAGCUUGUAAGUAUAAUCUAAGUACACUUGGAACCUACUUUGAGUGUGAAGGGGUAAUUCACAAUACUGAUCCCUGUUACCCUGCAAACGACCAAAAGAAUAUCCAUGUCAAGCGCGUGUGGUAA